AUGGAGCGCAAGACUGCCUUGAAAUUACUUAUAUUUGGUGUUUUAUUAAAAGUUGCCUCCUCAAACAACACCAAAGGUUACCUUGAGCGACAUAGCGGAUUCAGAAUAAACUCCCAGCUGGUCGCACGCCAACUGUCAGCUGUCACAAAAUUACGCUGCAUAGGGCUAUGUCUGCGGGCAGCGAACUGCUCGUCACUGGCGCACAACGAGGUGACACAGGAGUGCGAGUUGUCCAGUGUGCCGUAUGAAGACGCCAGAGUGAGCGGGGACCUGCUGCCCUCGACAGGAUGGAAGAUAUAUUCCCGUGUUGCGCCGAAGAUAGCCACGACUCCUGCGCCUCCAGUUCAAUUUCCCGGCAUAACGCACUAUAACUUCACCAACCUUGGAGCCGAGGGCAGGUUCGGUCCGACGACAGUUGGCAGCCAUUAUGACAGCCUUCCUCUGGAAGGCUUGGUGGAGGUGUCCAGUGGGAUUCAGAUCUUCACAGUACCCUAUACUGGCACGUACAGGGUGGAGGUGGGCGGAGCGAUGGGCGGGGGAGAUACAUACAGAGGUGCAGAUACUUGUUACACAUACAAUGGACAAGGUGCUAAAAUGACAGGCACUUUUAGUUUUGUCAGUGGAGAAAAACUGAAAGUCCUUGUCGGGCAAAUGGGUUUAUGCAACACGGGCCAUGCGGGUGCUGGUGGCGGCGGUGGGACGUUUGUCACCACGGACACUGACGUCCCUCUGAUCAUUGCCGGUGGCGGCGGCGGUAGCAGCGCCUUACUUAACCACAAAACUGUAUCCGAUGCCACCGACAACACGUGGGGGCAGGAUCGGGGUACUUGGUACGGUGGGGAUAAUGGCCAAGGUGGAGAGUCAAGUUCCAACACGGGUGGAGCCGGCGGUGGCGGUCUGCUAACAGAUGGCGCGACAAACGCCAAUACGGGAGCAACUGGAGGCAGUGCGUUUGUUAAUGGUGGGGUGGGUGGAAUUGGGAAUGAAAAUCAACCUUUGAGUAAUGGGGGCUUUGGGGGUGGUGGGGGUGCCAAGGGCAAAUUUGGUGGACCCGGGGGUGGCGGCGGGUACUCAGGGGGGUGCCGGGGGUAA